CAAAGCAAACAAAACAAACCAAAAAUAUAAAUCAAAGGAAAAUCGUUUGCUAGCAUAAGAACAACAUUAAAAAUUACAUAAAAUUGACAUGUACACAGUAAACAAGGGACCCAGCAAAAUUGUUGCUAAAACGCGACGCGGUCUGCCGCAAAACUUUGAAAAGUUCGAGAGCAUCAAGGAGAGCGGCAAGAAACAUGGGAGCAUCAGCAGCAGCUUUGAUCUGAACAGUCCCGAGAAGAACAAGAACAUACCGCGCCCGGUAUUUCAACAGAGCUUCGCUUCGAAACGCAUUGCGCCCACAAAACUUAUUGAGGAUGAGGUGAUAACGCCGCAGCAUGAGGAGAUAAUACGCUACAUAAAUGACUCAUGGAACAUUUUGGUCGCACAAAAUCCCUAUGAUUCCAGCACUGCAAAGCCCGACGGUAAGGCCGAUGCCAACAAUAACAGUGCCAGCACCUUGGCUACGCCCAGUCCUGUGGACAGCAUCAUAGCCAAUACACCCGUAGCGGCAUCGGCAGCGCCGGCCGUUUGGGUGGAGCCGCCGAGUCCGGCACUGAACGAUUUUAAGCCAUUCGAUUUGGAGUCCUGGUGGGGACGUCGUUUGUUCCACAACAUUACCAAAAGCCUAUAGACUGAUUGGCCCCUGGUUAUGUUAUUUGAUUAGUCGGUGCUUCCGUUAUUACUAUUUUUACAUCUAAUUUCGACUGGAAAUCAAAUUCACAUUAGAUAUAAAGAGAAAUAUAGCGGUUAAGUUAUCAUUUUGCAAUUUUAGAUUAGCCGUUUGGAAAAAUCCUAAUGACAUGCGUAGGCACAUUUUAUCUUUUCUAGUAUAUAAAUAUAAAUUUAAAACUCUUCCCAGUUGGCCGUGUAAAUAAUUCGAUACAAAAGUCAUUGUAUGAUUCUUUCAUAUUAAACUAAGAUUGAUUCUUUAAGUUCUAUAUAUACAUUUAUAUAUAUAUAUAUAAGAGCAAAACAUGUUUAUAGUCUCGUUUGUGCACUAGCCAGUUUUUAAUUUUUAAAUCUAGAGCAAAAAUUGUACUAUUUUAUCUUAGCAUGUCCAAAGAGAAACAGGCUCUAAGGAGACUUUUAAACUUUUAAUUUGAGCCCACGCGUGGCACCUGCCGAGCAGAAUUUGUUUCUUUAGAUAUACCAUAAAAGAAAGUUUAAAUAUAUAACACUUUAGUUGCUAGAAAACAAUAUUUUCCUAGUAAGUUUUAAUAAGAACGCACAUCAGUUGCAAAUUGACUCGGCACGUGUUAGCUCGCGCUUAAAUUUCCUCAAUUUUUUUUUUAUAUUUGUUAAAAGGCGCGAAAUACAAGUAGGUGACCUAAAAUUGUUAAUAUUGAA